AAUAGACCGAGGAAUGCGUGACAGAUCGUCAUAACCUGCUCAACCGAGGGAAUAUAGACAGAGGCUCACUGAUCUUUAGAUCCCAGCACCGAAGCACACGUUACAUUGGUAUUCUUUUUUAGUGGCGUUGUCAUCCAAUGAAAAAGACAGAUAUUUUUUUUUAGUGGCGUUGUCAUCCAAUGAAAAAGACAGAAUGCAUGCGAUUGUGGUUGUCACUCUGCUCAUAUUCUGCACCGUUUCCAGUGUCCAUCCUCAGGUGUUCUCCUUUUCCCUGCCGGUGGGCCCUGGAGGGGGUGAGUCCUUCAGUCUGAUGGGAGAAGGUCGUAUCACGGCUGUCCGAGUAUGGGAGAGAUACAACAACAACAUCGUGGGCUUGCAGAUCCGCUACGGUCCCAUCUGGUCGCCCGUAGUUGGUAGUCAAAGUGGCGUUGGCAAGGACUUGGAGUUGUUUGACGGUGAAGCCAUCAUACAGAUCUCUGGAAAGUAUACCUCCUCUCUGCAGUCGGUGGUGUUUGUCACUAAUCGCAGCCGGUCACUGCAAGCAGGUCAGCCGCGUGGGAUCUCCUUCAACAUGUAUCCCACGAGCCAGGAGGCCGAGCUGCGCUUCAUCAGCGGCCAAGUCAGAAAUGGCUUCACUUCCUUUGGGGCGCACUGGGGUGUUGUUCGAUGAGCUUUGUUGCGGUUUCUGUGAUAUUGUGUGAAAACUAUGAAAAAUUCUUUGGGGUUUUUUUCUUCCUUUGUCCCAUUUUAUGAUUCUGACAGUGAUCAGUCCAACAGUUAGUCGGGAUGUUUUUUUUAGUUUUUUUUAAUAAAUGUUUGUAUUGAAUUUGACAGGUAUUACAAUAUAAAAUAAAACAGUAAUCACA